AUGCGUUUCACACCUAUCGUCCUCCUGGCUGCUACAACAGCUUAUGCACAGAGCGACAUCUCUGCCCUCCUCAGCGCAGCCAGCUCGGUCGCCUCCGGCCUUGCCACCAACAGCGAGUUGAGCUCUCUCUACUCUUCAGUACUCAGUAGCGCCAACUCGAUAGUCUCGGAGGCUGCUACCAACACAGCUCUGUCAGCCUCACUUGAGAGCGCUGCUUCGUCAAUCAGCUCGGAAUAUGGUUCUUAUACCGAUACUGGCAGUCUUUCCUCCCUCGUUGCCAGUGCCACCAGUGCUGCCAGUUCUCUAGCCAGCUCUGCUACCUCCGCCGCCUCUUCUCGCGCAUCGUCAGCUAGUGCUGCCGCUACCAGCUCAACUGGCUCCUCCUCAACUGGCGCUGCUACAUCCAUUCAGAUCGGUGGCAUGGCUGCAGUCGGUGCAGGAAUCCUCGGAAUGGCUGUCCUUUUGUAG